AUGGAAGAUGGACACCGAGAGGAUGAACCUGCACCUGUCAGCGCCGUGAGGGAGAGAGACUCCAAGCUCGAGCUUUUUGAGAGUGACCCUCUGGUCGAUGCUGUCGGCGUGAGAAGGAUGGCUGGUGAGCAUCCCAUGAGUCCUCGUGACGGCGAUGAGAUGCACGUUCACCGAGGUUCCGACAGGAGCAUGAAAGUAGCGAAGCUGGGUACCCUGACCGGCGUGUACAUCCCGUGCGUUCAAAACAUUCUCGGAAUCAUCUUCUAUAUUCGUCUUUCCUGGAUUGUGGGUAUUGCGGGUAUCGGGCAGAGCCUGCUGCUGGUUGCGCUGACGUGCCUCAGCACAGUCCUCACGGGCUUAUCCCUCUCUGCCAUUGCCACCAACGGCGCCAUGAAGGGAGGCGGCCCUUACUACCUGAUAGGGCGAGCGCUAGGGCCUGAGGUGGGAGUGAGCAUAGGGCUGUGCUUCUUCCUCGGCAAUGCAGUCGCUGGCUCCCUAUACAUUCUUGGUGCGGUCGAAACGCUGCUGGAUUGGCUCCCCCAGAUGUCCCUCUUUCCACCGGAGCAGGUGACGUUUGGCGUGAACUCAACAACCAACUCGACGGUGGAGCUGGCGUCAACGGCGGACAUGCAGGUGUACGGAGUGAUCGUGACCGUCGCGCUCUGCAUCGUGGUGCUGGGGGGCGUGCGCGUGGUCGUGCGCGUGGGGCCGCUCUUCCUCAUCCCCUCCAUCCUCGCCAUCAUCUGCAUCUUCAUCGGAAUCAUCGUUGCUCCCCGCAGCGGCAGCCCAGAGGGGCUGACUGGGCUGAGCCUCAGCACUUUGUCGAGCAAUUGGGCGUCGGAUUACCAGAAGACCAACGCCAACGGCAUCCCUGAUGAGAACGGCAACUUCAACUGGAGCUUCACUCAGCUGCUGGGCCUUUUCUACCCUGCAGUCACGGGCAUAAUGGCGGGCAGCAACCGGUCGGCAUCGCUCAAGGAUACACAGAAGUCCAUCCCCAUCGGCACCCUCUGGGCCAUCGGCACCACCACGCUGCUCUACGUGUUUGCAGUCUUCAUGUUCGGCUCUGUGGCGCUAAGGGACCUGCUGCUCACUGACCGGCUGCUCACGGCCACCCUGGCCUGGCCGUCCCCGGCAGUGGUGUACAUCGGCAUCAUCCUCUCCACGCUUGGCGCCGCCAUGCAGAACCUCAUGAGCGCGCCGCGUCUGCUCACAGCCAUCGCCAAUGACGACAUCCUCCCCAUCCUGGACUGGUUCAAAACAGAGGACAACCAGGAGCCCUACCUCGCCACGCUCUGCACGCUACUCAUCUGCGCCGGCUUCGUGUGCAUUGGAGAUGUGGACUAUGUCACGCCGGUGAUCACCAUGUUCUUCCUGCUGUGCUAUCUCGGGGUGAACCUCUCCUGCUUCCUGCUGGAUCUGUUGGAUGCGCCGUCGUGGCGCCCGAGGUGGAAGUGGCACCACACGCUCACCGCCCUCGCUGGCGCCAUCCUUUGCGUUACGAUCAUGUUCAUGAUAUCGUGGUUCUUCACGCUGCUGUGUCUGCUGCUAGCGGUGCUCAUCUACUACUACGUCAGCCUCAAGGGCAAGGCCGGCGACUGGGGCGACGGCUUCAAGUCUGCCUACCUGCAGCUCGCCCUGCGCUCCCUCAAGUUCCUUGGAGCGAGUCAGGUGCAUCCCAAGAACUGGUACCCCAUCCCGCUCAUCUUCUGCAAGCCCUGGGGCAUCCUGCCUCCCGACAUGCCAUGCCAUCCGAAGCUUGCUGACUUUGCCAACUGCAUGAAGAAGAAGGGGCGCGGAAUGACCAUCUUUGCCACCAUCCUCGAAGGCCGCUUCAGGGACCGGGCAGAGGAUGCACGGUCAGCGAGCCACCUGCUGCUGAGCUACAUUGACUACAAGCGCUGUGAGGGGGUGGCAGAGGCCAUCGUGGCUGACUCGCUCAACGAGGGAUUCCGCAUCGCAGUGCAAACCAUGGGGCUGGCGAAUCUCAAGCCCAACAUCGUGUGCAUGCGCUACCCUGAGAUCUGGCGCGAAGACAUCCAGAGGGACAUCCCCGGCACGUUUGUGAACGUCAUCAACGACUGCAACACAGCGAACAAGGCGUGUGUGAUCGUGAAGGGGCUGGACGAGUGGCCGGGCGAGUACCAGAAGCAGUACGGCACCAUCGACCUCUACUGGAUCGUGCGGGAUGGAGGCAUCAUGCUGCUGCUGUCCCAGCUGCUGCGGGCAAAAGAGAGCUUUGAGAACUGCAAGAUCCAGGUGUUCUGCAUUGCGGAGGAGGACACAGGCGCGGAGAACCUGAAGCUGGACGUGAGCAAGUUCCUGUACGACCUGCGCAUGCAGGCUGACGUCAUUGUCGUCACCAUGAAGGCGUGGGAAGACGUCGUGUCCGAUGCUGAGGGCGCUGAGGCAGAGCUCGCCCGGCAAGGCGCCAUGGAGGCUUUCACUCGGGCGCGGCGCAACAUAGCCCAGAGAAUGAGCGAGGACCCCGAGGCUGAGACGCACCACUCACUGCUGGACGAGAGCAAGGUGAAUAAGUUCCUCUACACCACAAUCAAGCUCAACUCCAUUAUUCUGCGGUACUCGCGCAUGGCUGCUGUGGUGCUCGUCAGUCUCCCGCCUCCCCCUCAGAACCAUCCCCCUUAUUGCUACAUGGACGCAGACCACCUCAAGACACCGCUAGACUGGCGAGGGACCAUGGAUUUGGAUGCCGUGGACUACGGAGAGGACUGGCGAGAUGACGACGUACUUAAGGACCGGGUUGAACGGUCCACAGACGAUGCCGAAGCACGAGUGCCGCAUUCGGCCCGCGGAGUUCAUGGCGAUCAGCCAACGGCUAGCUCGAAUCAGCGAACCGCACUCGUUGCUCCUCCGUCUGCCAUGGAUUGUCGCAACUACGACGCCUCGGCUUACGCUGAGCGCGUUUUGCGCGAGCGGAAGCUAGCCGGGAGCGUGAUCUACGCUGCGCUGCUCGUUCCAGGUGACCACGUCAGCAUGCCAGCUGGAGAGCUGAGGGACGAAACUCACCCCAAAACUCUUUUCCCCGCCGCCUCUCUUCCCGCCUCCCCUGUCCCCGCGCAUGGCCAGCGCGGCGGCGGGCCUUGGGGGGAGGCGGGGGAGGGGGCGAGGCGCGUGGGGGAGGCGCAGCCCGCAGCAGCGGUGCAGGCGCACAAGGGGGCGGCGUUUGGGCUCAAGACGUGCGCUAUGGGGGGACAGCCGCUGCUGUUCAGCUGCGGGGACGACGGUCGUGUUGCAGGGUGGCGGUGGAGCGACCUCCUCUCAUCCAAUCCUGCUCAAGCCCCUCAAGUGGCCCCCUGCGUUGACCUGGUCAACCCCCCCACCACGUGGGCUGCUGCAAGGGGCGUGGCAGUGGUGCCAGAGACCAACGCCAUUGAUGUUGACGAGCAGAGGAACACCAUUUACAGUGCAGCAGGCAACGGGUGUGCAUACGCAUGGGACGUGGAGUCUCAGAAGCGGGUCGCUGAGUUUAGGGGCCACUCAGACUACCUGCACUGUGUGGUGGCACGGCCGCAGCACCACCAGAUAGUGACGGGGUCUGAGGACGGCACAUGCCGAGUAUGGGAUUGCCGCACAGCCACCACAGUGCUGUGUCUCAACCCCUUCACUGCGCGCCAAGCACCCCUCUCCCCCUCUUCGUCCUCCUCCCCUGCCUCGCCUUGGGUCAGCAGUAUAGCAACUGACUCCACAACUCCAUGGCUGCUGUGUGGCACAGGCGGCAGCACGGCGUCUCUCUUCUCGCUGCAGGCACCCGCCUCUGCACUGCUGCGUGUGUCUCUUGGCGCGCCAGUGCAUGCGGUGGCCAUGGGGAGGGAUGCGGAUGAGAUACUAGUGGCGGGAGCCAGCGCUGUGUUGACUCGGUUAACUUUUGCCGGCCAGCUCAAGUCACUAACUGCCACGGCCAUGCCAUCCAUCUACUCCCUCCAUUCACAUUCGCCGUCCCAGCUUGUGGCAGUGGCGGGGAGAGGGGGGACGGUCGAUAUAAUCACCAGCAUUGGCAGUCACCUGGCCACUUUUCAGUGCGCCUGA